UCUCUCUCUCACACACACACAGCGCUCUGUUUCUCAAGGUUUCCUCCUAUACAAAAAUUAAAUGACAUUGCACUUGUUGUGCCCUUCUUCAUGGCUCUCUCCCUUCUCUCUUCCCUCUCCACGCAAGUUCUCAGACACGCUUCUUCAACACCCCAACAACAGUAGCACAACUCUGUUGUAUCUCAUAGUCAGUGGUACAGAUUCAUCUUCAUUCAGAAACCACAAGUUUUCGAGCUGCUUCCCCGCUUUUAGAAACUUGAGUACUAGAGCUUCGGUUAGUGGGAGCCAAAACGAGGUCAGAGAGAGUUCCGUUGAGGAAUUGUUGGACCCCGACGAUGAUUUCUUUAAUCGCGUUUCAUCUCUGAAAGACGCUAAUCAAGUAUUGGAUAUGAUCGCCGAGAAGUAUAAUGGUAAGAGGAGCGGCGGUGUUGUCAGCGCUCCUGAUUGUUGUUCAAUUAUUUCCGCCGCGCUUGAUCGGAACAAUGCGGACUUGGCCCUCUCAAUUUUCUCCGCUAUGCGUUCCAGCUUCGAUCCAGUGGUUGAUGAAAAAGGUCCGUCUGUUGAGAGAUGGACAUGGUCCAGGCCAGAUGUAAACACUUACACAGUGUUAAUACGGGGUCUUGCUGCAUCACUGAGGGUUUCGGAUGCCCUUAGAAUGAUUGCCAAUGUUUGCCGAGUGGGAGUGUCUCCAGGUGAAGAGGUCCCUUUUGGUAAGAUCGUGAGGUGUCCUAGUUGUAUGAUAGCUGUUGUUGUUGCACAACCCCAACAUGGUAUUCAGAUUGUCUCCUGUUCCAAGUGUCGCUACAAGUAUGAAUUUGUUUCUGGCGACAUAGUUAAUAUUGAGUCAGAAGAAACAAGCAUGGAUAUUCCUGCAUGGAGAAGAGGGCUAGGAUUCCUGCAAAUAGUAAAGCAAAGUGUUCCUGCUGCAGUUCAUUCCAUUGUGGUGCAGACGCCAUCUGGAAUGGCUCGGACACACAGGUUUGCCACUGAAACAGUUGAUCUACCUGCACAACAAGGAGAAAGAGUAACCAUUGCUCUGGCAGCUCCGUCAAGUGUUUAUAGAGAGGUGGGCCCUUUGAAGUUUAGUCCAAAAGCCCCCAACUACUACCCUGGAGAGCCUAUGUGCCUGACUAACCACAGAGAUGGCCGAGAAUCUCCAUUAUUGCGAGCACCCUCAAAAAAUGGAGGCACUUCCAUACUUAACCCUUCUGUACUCUUUCCACUUCUUGCUGUGCUGGCCACUGGAGAUGCUGCCUCUGGAAUUAUUGACCCUGGCUUGCCUCAAGCCAUUUCAGUUGCUGCAUUUUCAUCUCUAGUUCUUGGAGCCACUUUAAACAGUCUGGUUUUUCCACAGUUAAAUAAGCUACCUCAAAGGUUGGUGGAUGUAAUUGCUAUCAGGCAGCAACUUUUAUCUCAAUACGACAGACUUCAAUCUCGCAUCAAAGAUUUGAAAGCAACUGCUGAAAAUGAGGUUUGGAUGCUGGCUCGUAUGUGCCAAUUGGAGAACAAAAUUUUCGCCGUGGGAGAACCUUCUUAUCGUGCUAGGAGAAAUAGAGUCAAACGGGUGCGUGAAGGCUUGGAAAAUUCACUCAAGAAACGGAUUGAAUUAAUUGAAAGCUAUGCAAGAGUUUCUUCUAUGAUUGAGAUUGAGGUAGAGAUGGACUCUGAUGUUCUUGCUGCUGAAGUGGCUAGCAAUGCAGAAAGUAUAGCUGAACAGAUACAGCAAAUCAUGGAGCUUGAAAAUCUUGAAGAGAGAUGGAGAAUCCAAGCCGAGGCAAAUGAUGAGGCAGAAAGACUUCUCAGUUCUGAAGCCAUACCCACAGAACAGAUUGUAGACCGAUAACUGUCGAGAAACAGAACAUUUGGCACUGGUUCUGUUACAUAUACGCUAUGACUGCUGCACGACAAUAUAGUCACCAUCAUCCUGAAGAAAAAUUUCAACUAUGCAUGGGAAGGACGAUGGCAUAUGUGAGGAUAGCUUGAUUGUCUCAAUGCUGAUGGCUGUCCUUCCAUUCGACUAACCUUUGAAUGUAAGAACUGCAUCGUUCUGUUGUAACUUUAAGUUGGCAUUGUUGAUUGAAAAUUCGGAAUUCAUCAUUGUACUUGUGGUGUUGCAACUGGAGAAUUCUGAUACUUUUAUGCAUGGGAUUUCCCUCAUUCUUUCUAGUGAACUUCUGCUGGAAUUGUAGAC